UGGCGGCGGGAGAGCUGCUGGCUCGCGGGGACCCGGCAGCUGCUUAGCGGCGGGCGGCGGCCGGGACCUGGGGUGGUGCGAGGCGGCGGGACCGAGCAGGCACCAUGGUGCUGUCGGUGCCUGUGAUCGCGCUGGGCGCCACGCUGGGCACCGCCACCAGCAUCCUCGCGCUGUGCGGGGUCACCUGCCUGUGCCGGCACAUGCACCCCAAGAAGGGGCUGCUGCCGCGGGACCGAGAGCCGGACCCCGAGAAGGCGAGGCCGGGGGUGCUCCAGCCCGCCCAACAGUUCAACGUUAAAAAAUCCACGGAGCCGGUCCAGCCUCGCCCUCUUCUCAAGUUCCCAGACAUCUAUGGCCCCAGGCCUGCGGUGACAGCUCCGGAAGUCAUCAACUACGCAGACUACACACUGGGGACCACAGAGGAGCCUGCUGUGCCUGCCAGUCCCCCUGCCCCCAGUGACAGUCGCCUCAAGAGGCAGGUCACGGAGGAGCUGUUCAUCCUUCCUCAGAAUGGCGUGGUGGAGGACGUGUGCGUCAUGGAGACCUGGAACCCAGAGAAGGCUGCCAGCUGGAACCAGGCCCCCAAGCUGCACUACUGCCUGGACUACGACCAGCGCAAGGCCGAGCUGCUCGUGACCCGCCUGGAAGCUGUGACCAGUGACCACGACGGCGGCUGUGACUGCUAUGUCCAAGGCAGUGUGGCCAACAGGACCGGCUCCGUGGAGGCCCAGACGGCCCUGAGGAAGCGGCAGCUGCUCACCACCUGGGAGGAGGGCCUGGUGCUCCCCCUGGCUGAGGAGGAGCUCCCCACGGCCACCCUGACGCUGACCCUUAGGACCUGCGACCGCUUCUCCCGCCACAGUGUGUCCGGGGAGCUCCGCCUGGGCCUGGACGGGGUGUCUGUGCCUCUGGGGGCCGCCCAGUGGGGCGAGCUGAAGACCUCGGCUAAGGAGCCGUCCGCAGGAGCUGGAGAGGUCCUCCUGUCCAUCAGCUACCUCCCGGCCGCCAACCGCCUCCUGGUGGUGCUGAUCAAAGCCAAGAACCUGCACUCCAGCCAGGCCCGGGAGCUGCUGGGGAAGGAUGUCUCUGUCAAGGUGACCUUGAAGCACCAGGCUCAGAAGCUGAAGAAGAAGCAGACAAAACGGGCCAAGCACAAGAUCAACCCCGUGUGGAACGAGAUGAUCAUGUUCGAGCUGCCCGACCACCUGCUGAGGGCGUCCAGCGUGGAGUUGGAGGUGCUGAGCCAGGCCGAGGCGGGCCAGAGCUGGGCCCUGGGCCACUGUAGCCUGGGCCUGCAUGCCUCUGGCUCGGAGCGCAGCCACUGGGAGGAGAUGCUCAAAAACCCCCGCAGGCAGAUUGCCAUGUGGCACCAGCUGCAUCUGUAGGGCCCCCAGCCCAGCCUCCCGGGGCACAGCCCGGUCCUGCAGCCCCACGGUCCUCGGUCCUCGCCAGCUCCCCUUGUGCCCGCCCUCCUUUGUGCUCAGAAGGCAGAACAGAUGUGUUUGCAAAGCCCAGGACCCUUCCCCUCUCACCGCACUCCCGUUUUUAUAUAAAAAAAAAAAGAAUCACAAAGCCAGCCAGGCAGUGUGUGGAAAUGGGACGUUAGGGCCACACUGAGCAGGCAGAUCUGCUCAUCUGUGUCAUGGAGAGAGUCCCGCACCAGGGGCACCUCGCAGGCAGGUGUUGCAGGUGAGGUGAGCCAGGGGCGGGGAAGCUUUAGCUGAGGAAUUCUGGGUGCAAAGAAGAUGGUCACUUUUUAAAAAUAAAGCAUUUUGAAAAAUAAUAUAAAGAAAAUCGUCCCGUAUCAACCCAUCCAUCAGGUCAUCGGGGUGAGUGACACCUUCGCCAGCUCCCACCCCAGGCAGGGACCAGCGGUUCUCAGACACUGGUACAUGAAGAAUCACCAGCAGAUCCCCGGCUGCCUGGGGGCGUCCCAGAUCAGUGUCCCCGGCCACCGCCCAGGCGCCUUCACCUUCAACCAGCACCUGACUGUGCUGCAGAGAUCCUUCUACAACAUUCCAGACAGCUCCAGCCAGCCCUUGAUGGUCCAGGGGCACCCAGAUCAAUGCCGGACUCCUCAACUUAGAGUGAACUUAGAUAUCCUCUGUUUUUAAUUUAUUUUAAUUUUAAAAUCUGUGCUUUUAAGAUUCUGCUCUUGGACGGCAUUGUGUGUAGUUGUUUUUUUAGCUGAAGAACUUUAUUGUUUUAUCUUCAGAUCGGCUUAUGUGAUACUUGGGGAACCCUUUCCUCACAAAGUAUUCAUGGGAUCCCCUGCGGGUCCCCUGGACUACAUGUUGACUGAGUGUUAGUUGCCAUGUCCACCAGCAUCACCAAAGUGACCCCGUGAGACAGACCCGCCCCCUGCUCAGCCUUCCAGCCACUCCGGGAAGAAAGAACUUGAUCUGUUGCACCCGGCUACACGGCUACACGAAAGUAGGGUUGGAAGACAACUUUAAAAAGGACACAAGCUCUUUUCCAGUUGUGCCUCCCUCCCUCCUUCUGUUUUGGGGACUUCCACUGUCAUGGUAAAUAACCAGCAGGUCGACCUGGUCAUCCCCAGCAGAUGUCCCAUUGUUGAUCCAGUCUGAACAAUGCACCUGCUGAGUGGCUGUAGCUCUCACGGGGAACCGGACUCCUGGGUGCUCUGUGGACAUCACUGACCUCAGAACCUCAGCGUGGCUGUCUGGAAAACAGGACCAGUGUCGUGGGAGCUGUCUGCCUGGGAUGUGACAGAGGAGACGGUGUCCAAAAGCUGUUGGCUAAAAACAGAUCUAGCCGUGAUCUUGACGCUAGAUCACUGUCUUUCACCUCGAGUUGGCAGUGGAAACCCUCAGAAAGUGCCAGAACCUCGCAGCUGUUUCCACCACCAUGGAUUCUGCCUCUUCUAGAGGAACUCCAGACUCUGGACUUCAGGGCUACCCCAGUUCCCUGAGCUACAGGAGGGUUUCCAGACGGAAUCAGGGUCUCCUUCCUCCACGAGGCCGGCCAUUCUCAACUCUCCCUGAGAAUCUGAGCAAACCUGAAACCUUUGGUCAUGAUCUGCUCUUUCUAUACAGAAACAGAAACGCAUCUGAAAUAGCUUCUGUUUUUCUGGAAAACCAGAAAAGCCCCUAAUCCUUCUUCCAUGGGCAAGUCUUUCAGAUAGUGGGGAACCUUGCCCUUGCCAAGUGUUUUGAGGUGAGGCAGCAUCCGUGUUUCCCUAAGGUGUGUUUCUGAGGCCCAGCGUCCACCCCACCCCGGUCUCCUUUGCUUGGAAUGGCAAACAGAGUCCAGUAUGUUCCCCAGGUCAGUGAGAGUUGAGCCCACUCUGUUCUUGGUAACAUCUGCUACUCCAGUCUACAAAAACAAAAACAAAAGUUUAGGUUUGGACUUAAAAUCAGGAAACCUGGGGUUUGUUUCCCUAUACACCUACCUUGGACCCCCAUCAGGACAUGUGAGGGAUGCUGGACAGGACCCCUGGCCCCUGGGUGUCCAUCCCACCCACAGUCUUCCAUGCAUUUCUUUGGACCCCAAAGGUUUAGUUUUCCAGAAUUCAAACUAAGGGUUGCCCCUGAUGGGGAGUGGCAUUCCACCACAGGACAUCUCCGUGUCAGCCACCCCCCGGCCCAGCAGGGAUGUACAGAAGGAAGGCCAACUCUGGGGGUUUUGUCUGGGCAUUCACUAGCAUCCACCACGUGCCCAGGAUAGAGCUGUCCACUGGAGCUCCGGGUUUGUUGAAUGAAUUAAUGAAGGAAGAAUGGGUGGAUGGGAGGAGCUGGAAAGAGACCCUGUGAUUGCAGAACAGUGAGCAAACCUGGUGGAACUGUCAGCGGGAAGGACACCAGUCAUCUUAGUGGACCUGCACAUUCAGGACAUUGAUAUACUCUCCAACUAAGGACGAGCCACAGCUCUCCACAGAAAUGUAAGGAACAAAAGAAGACCACGGCACUGCUGUGCUCUUUCACCAAAACUCCCUCUUGGUGAAUUUUAAAUUAUCCACAGAUGUCACCUGCCAAAUAAGAAGGCCGUCUUCACCCCGGCUGACUCGUACCCGGCAUCUGCAGUUUACUUCCGAAUGAGCGGCUGAGUCUGCGCGAGCAGGUCUGAUCAUUUUGGAAAGGAGCGCUUGGACCUUGCUUGGAGCAUUUUCUAAGGGGGCCGUGAAGCCGAGUUGGGGAUCCAGCGAGACCCUUUCAGCUGAACUGGUACCCACAGGGGGACCUGGUCCUUCCACAGAGGUGGCCUGGGGAUUAAGGAAUUGGGGUCAACCUCUCCGAUCCGGAUGGACAUGUUGAGGACCUGAUCGCCAAGGUCUUGCCUCCCGUCACUCCAGCCUGAGGCAGGACUUGCUGCAGGUUGGAUGACAAAUCGUCCUGCCGGAGCGAGGCGGAGAGAGUGAGGGGGGUUCUCCAGGGUCAAUUCCUUUGGGAUGUGAAGGAGUCUGGGCGGGAAGGCGGCCGCAGCCUAAGCCACACUGGGGUGGGGACCACCCCAAGAGACCUCGUCCACGUGCUGUUGAUUUUGCCUUCAGUGUCUCCUGUCGUCAAAUCUGUUGUGUGUGUGUGUGGCCGUCAUGAAUUGAAGCACAAAAAGACGCAUGAGACAUUGUGGUCCCACGUCUGGUGUCGCACUUUGGAGCAAAAACCUUGCAGUGAUAAAUAAAGACUCUCCAACAGGG